GAGAGAGAGAGAGAGGGAGGGAAGGAGGUGGAGAGACUUGAUAUAGACAGAGGUUCAUCUGAGCGCGUGCAGAGGAGUGUUUCAGCAGACGGAGAAGUCAGACUGUCUGCCUGCAGAGGACAAGGACAGCUGGACAGAUCCCCUUCAUCCACAAACAUCUGGAAGCAUCUUCAGUCUAAAGACCAACAGGUCGUCAUGACAGUAGAAAUGUUUGUACUGCUGAGCGUCUGCCUUAGUACAUGUGUGGCUUUCAACGUCGACAUGUCGUUUCCGGUGCUGAAGACAAUCGGAAGCAAGAGUCUGUUUGGAUUCUCAGUCGCUCUGCAUGAGGAUCUGGAGACGGGGAACUUCCUGCUAUUGGUGGGAGCUCCCAAGGAGAAGGCGGAGCCUCAUGUUCCAGCCAAUCGAACUGGAGGAGUGUACAGCUGCCCGGUCACAGCUAACCAAUCAGACUGCAGUAGGAUGAAGCUCAUAGACCCAACAGACCUGAGGCCCUCUGAAGACCUGAUUGAGGAUAUGUGGUUGGGAGUCUCAGUAGCCAGUCAGGGCAGACCUGGAGGGAGGGUCCUGGCCUGUGGUCAUCGGUUCGUUAAGGUGCACAACGGGGAUGGACGGAUGAUUGGCCAGUGUUAUCUCCAUAGAAACGGCCGGCGUUAUGUUGAAGAUCAGAUAAACUGGCAGCAAAUCCAGCAGCAUUGCGAUUACAGGGAGGAUCAUACCGGUGAGGGCAUGUGUAACAUCGGAAUCUCUGCCUCCAUCACGCAGACCGACGCCAUCUUCGGCUCACCUGGGAGCAACGAGUGGCGGGGAAACGUUCACGCCUUUUGGAUGAAUCCAGAUGACGAGUAUGUUUGGAAGAAGAACUCGUUUGACAACAAGGACCCAAGGUGUAGGAACACGUAUUUAGGAUACUCAGUCACUCAGGCCCAUCAUCUUCUCUCUGCAGAGAAUCAAACCAUCGUAGCAGGGGCUCCCAGGGACAAUACAAUGGAUGCUCGUGGUUCUGUGAUGCUGGUGGUCAAGCGGUCCGAUGAUCUGGUGAUUCAGCAGACUCUACGAGGUCAACAGGUUGGCUCGUACUUUGGUAACGCUGUGGUAGCCGUGGACCUCAACGGUGAUGGCUGGAACGACCUGCUGGUGGGCGCUCCUUUUUACUUCAGCCGUCACCCAGGGGCGGGCGGGGCAGUUUACGUUUACAUGAACGGACGAGAGAAGUUCCACUCUGAAGCCAGCGUGGUUCUGACAGGUCCACUUGGCUCUGCUUUUGGAAUGGCUGUUGCUGCUGCAGGAGACCUCAACCAAGAUGGCUUCCAGGACUUUGCAGUGGGAGCUCCUUUCCACGAUACAGGAUGUGUAAUGAUCUGGACCGGGAGCAAGGAGGGGGUCUCUGUAGAACCGAGUCAGAUGAUCCAGGGCAGCACAGUGUUUGCUGGGUUCAGGACCUUUGGGUACUCCCUGGCUGCAGGCGUGGAUGUUGAUGGGAACAAUUAUCCAGACCUGCUGGUGGGGUCUCUGGAUGAUACUGUUGCCCUCCUCAGAUCGCGCCCUGUUGUCCAGCUGAAUAACAGGCUCAGAGUUUCUCCGGAUGUCGUCAACCCAAACGACUGUGACUUCUGUAUCCAGGUGGAGCUGUGCUUCUCCUUCAAGUUCAAUGCUGGAAAAAGCAUCAACAACAUCUCCGUCAACUUUACUGUGACUGCUGAUGUCACCAGUCUCAAGCCCCGCCUCCGUUUCCAUGGCACCAGAGAGAGUGUGUACUCCAGCAUCCUGUCAGUAAGGAAUGGAAAGUGUAAAACCCUAAGAGUCGGACUGCUGAGUACCAUCCAGAAUGUGGUGGAACCUCUGGUGUUCUCCCUAAAGGUCUCUCUGCAUGAGAACCUUCCCAACAGAAGCAACAUCGUCCAAGACCUAAAACGCUUCCCCGUUCUAAGCCAGACACCUCAACCCAUCAGAACCCAGAUCCACAUUCAGAAAGCCUGCGGUUCUGAUAAUGUCUGUCAGAGUAACCUUCACAUGAUGGCCCAGUUCACAGAUGAGAACCAGGAACCCUUCCCCAAGCGUAACGGCAGUCAGCUGCUGAACUACACCAGCAGCAUCAGGAGGUUACUUCUGGAGGUCAACGUCAGCAACACCGCGUCACCUGGUCAACCAGCAGAGGACGCUCACAACACCGUCCUCAACAUCAGCAUCCCGCCGUCGCUCAUUUACUCUGGAGUCCAACUAAAGGGGGAUAAAUCAGGAUCUGUUGAGUGUUUUGUUGAAGGUGUCGCUCUUCUCUGUCAGCUGGGGAAUCCUUUCAGAAGCAACCAGAAGGUUCAACUGUUCAUUAAAUUUGAGCCAUCUGAGCUAGCUUUGGACACCAGGGAGAUCCGGUCUCAGCUGCGGCUGUCCACGCUCAGUGAGCAGUCACACCUGUCUCCCGUCUCUGUCUCCCUGCUGGUGGAGUAUUCCCUGCAGGCGGCUCUGACUUUAAUCAAACCGGGUCCGAUCUUCUUCAGUGGUCAUGUGAUCGGUGAGCAGGCCAUGAAGAUGACCGAGGACAUUGGCAGUCUGGUAGUCUUCACCUUUCAGGUUCAUGUCCUGGGGAAGCCUCUGGGUCACCUUGGCAACCUGGAGGUGGAGUUUGAUUGGCCCAAGGAGGUGACGAAUGGAAAGUGGCUGCUGUACCUGACAGAGAUUCGCUUGGACGGCACCUCAAAUUUUCAUUGCACCCAUAACGACAUCAUCAACCCUUUAAACCUCCUGAUGUCCGAUGAGGAGAAGAGGAUGAUGAGGAUCCUGAGGGUGGAGGAAGAAGAGGGAGAGAGGAAUCAGAAGGGGAAGACUCUCCCUGUCCUCAGCAUGCAGAGACAGAGGAAGACCUUCAAACUGAGCUGCAGCAGCGGGGCCAGAUGCAUAAAGUUCUCAUGUCCUCUGUUCAACAUGACCAACUCUGCAACUCUGACGGUGAAGAGCCGACUGUGGAACUCCACCAUGACUGAGGACUACAGCGAUGCGAGCAGUGUGUUGGUUCAAGGCAAGGCCACUUUGAAGCUGAAGACCACCAAGAGCACCAUCAACAUGAAGUCGUCCCCCUUACUGAUUGAUGUCAACAUUUACCCAGAGUCUGGACUGCAGCAGAACUUUGGCGCCCCCUUGUGGAUCAUAGUGGUGUCAGUCCUGGCUGGAGUGCUCCUGCUGGCUGUAAUCUGCCUUCUCCUUUGGAAGUGUCGGUUCUUUGUUCGUCAGGAGGCGUGGCAGACAGCGGUGCUCCAGCAGAAAAGGAUUAUGGGUAGCGCUGAGCAGCAUCAGCACGUGGACGAUGACGGUUUCCUGAUCCAGGAUCAGGUGACCUCGACCCGGAACAGGAACAGCCAAAAACACUGGGUCACUAUUUGGACUGAAAUUCACUGAGAGAUUUCUGGUAUCCAUGGAAACAGAUCCUGAAUUAUACCAAACUGAACCGAACCGGACCAAAUCUGAUCAACACUGCCAGUCUGCUGUCAUGUGCUUCACCUGUUUACCAUAAGUGCAUUCAGAGGUGGAGCUGUGAGGUCCUAAAGUGUUCUUAUUGGUCAGAUUUUAUUGACCUGUGUGUGAUUGGUCCUCAGCCAUCUGAAAAGGUCAAUCAGACACUGAUUACUGAACUAAAACUGAUCAAAAGGAAGCUUUUGAAUUUAAAGGGCUACCUUAUAAAACAGUGGAAUGGUCCUUUAAGGACCAGAUAUUGCCACAGGGUCAGCGUUUCCGUUUGUGCUGCCUUCAUGACUCGUCUGUAAAUUUGUCCUGCUGCCUUCAAGUGCUGCCUGGUCCAGUGUUAUUCACAUUGUAGAUAUGACUUUACAGUUUUGUAAUUUUUGACAGCAGCUCCUAUUUGUGUGUAAAAGUAUUCACUGUAGUGUUGUCUGUAUGUUGAUGAUAUUAAAGUAUUUUUUAUAAUUCA